AUGGGUGCUUAUCCUCACUCGAAUGAAAGUACGUUACUUCCUAUGUUGGUCUCAGAGUCGACAAUGAGCGCUGUACAAGAUCCGAUCGAAAUCACCACGGGAGCAGUGUCGUUUUCUGGUGUCUCUCCAGGCUGCGGAACUGUGGAAACAGCGGCCUCAACUGCAGAUCCGCCUAAGGAUUCUAAAGUAUUUAGUAGCUGUGUUCUAGCGCCCAGUGACCCGUUUACCGGCGUCAUAACUCCGCCUGCCUUAUUGCCGUUCUUCCUGGCUGGCCCUCUGUAUAUCUACCUCCAGAUAGAACAAAGUUCGACUUCCAAAUCCACAGCAAGGUGUCUUGCGUUCUCCAUUGAAAGAACGAACGUCAACCAGACCACAAAGCUACCUAUCGGGUUUCUAAUGGUGGACGUGGUGGAACUAGAGAGGGAUAUGAUAUAUGCACUCCCAGCAGACGGGACGUACUACCUCACAGCUCACGAUAUCGCAGUGAAGAUUGUGUGCAAGCAAUAA